AUGUCGACUCCAGAGGCCCGCGCGCAGGUCUACCUGGUCAACCUCCGCGAGAAGCUGGAGGCGAACAACAAUGCCAGCGCCGCUGCCACAGUGUCGCGCGCUCUCGACUACUUUGAGCAACGCUUCUGGUAUGAGCUUUCAAGCGAGCUGCUGCAGCUGAUCCGCGACCCAAUGGUGCUGGAGGACGCGCACGAACUGUACACGGACGUCAUUGUGGCUGUGCGGGCUGACAUCUCGCCGAUUGCAUACAUCAUGAUUGUGCGCUCCGUCUGCUUCGCUCCGCACAGCACGACGCAGAACGCGCUGGAGCUUGUCGAAGGCGCAUGUGCGUCCCUCAUCCACAGUAGCUCGGAGCAGGGACACUACGCCGCCUUGUGCAUCCGUGCCCUCCUGCUACUCGAGAGCACGAGCGCCGAGGAAAGCGCCGCGCUGGCUGCGGUUCCUGGGUCGCCACCGCACACAGCACGCAAGCUACUGGAGCAGACCGAGACGUACCUGCACGGCCUCAAGAUGCACGAGGUGGAACCAGUGCUGGUCGCACUCUACGGUAUGGCGCGCGGUCGUGACUACGAGAUCCGGCGCCAGCACACGAGCUACUAUAAAAACUCCUUCGAUAUCAUUAUCUUCUUGGAGAAGGCAGAUCUGCCCAUGCGCGACGAGGACGUCACCACGCUGGCGUACAAGACGGUGGUCGCUGGUCUCUUGUCGGACAAAAUCUUCAACUUUGGCAAGCUCCUUAACUUCGACCAGUUUGUGUCUCGGCUGCAGCGGGAGUCGUGCCCGCAGCACUGGGCGCUGAAGAUGAUGCAGCUGUGCAAUGAUGGCGAUGUGGUGAGCUUCGAGGCCUUUUUCCGGCAGCACCAGCUGCAAAUUUCGCAGGAGCCGCAGCUCGUGAGCGCCUCGGCGACUCUGCACCGUAAGGUGCGGCUCAUGGCGUUGCUACACCUCAUCUUCUACACCCCUCUGAGCGAGCGCACCUUCACCUUUCACGCGGUGGCUCAGCGGUGCGGCGUGCCAGACAGCGGGGCGGAGCCACUGCUGCUCGAGGCGCUCGCCCAUGGCAUCAUCAAGGGCCGUAUGGACGGCUUAAAGGAGGAGGUGCACAUUACGUGGGUGGAGUCGCGUGUGCUGAGCCUUGAGGAGGUGAAGGCGCUGGCGAAGCAUGUCGCGAAGUGGCGGGAGCAGGUAGUGGGGCUCACGGAGUCGGUGAAGGAGAUGGCAAAGAGGAUCCCGCAGUAA